AUGAGGAUCCUUCCUGGCUACCUUCAUUUCUGCUUCAUUCCUUUCUUACUCAGCGGAGCACAGGGAUUCCUAGCACCUCCAGCCUUCCUGGUUUAUAACUACUCCUAUUCAAACCUCUCCUCUGUCUCAGAAGCACAAGCUCCAAAAACAGCAAGAACUCUCAAUUUCUCACAUAAUGUUAUUGAGAAAAUUACCCAGAGAGACUUGGAAGGAUUUGACAGGCUGGAAGUUCUGGACCUUUCCUAUAAUCGGAUCAGGGAUGUUGAGCCUGGAGCGUUUCAGAGUCUGCUCAACCUGAUUUCUGUGGAUUUGUCAUUUAAUGAUGAGAAGCUGCUUCUGUCAGAUCUCCCACCCCACCUGAAGCUCUCACCUGCUGGCAAAGCUCCGGGGUCUUUGCAGCUUUCCAAGAAUUCUGACAAAACCUCAGGGGCUGCUCCGGAACCUUCUGCUYCCACCGAGGAGCUGCCACAUUCCAGAGUUCUGUCUCUCCGGCAAAUCCUUAACCCCAGGCUCAGGAGAGGCACAGAGAAUCUUCUUCGGAAGGGAGAGAGGAACACAACRGCCCCUCCCACAGCCACACCCGAGCCCAGCCUCUGCGGAAUUCCCACCAACGGGAUACUCGACCUGUCCCACAGCAACCUCACCGCGGAAGAGCUGAUGUUAAAACUGGAUGAGAAUCUCUGCCGAGCUCAGCUGGGCAGGAUUUUGGAGCUUGACAUCAGUCACAACAACGUGGAAAUGGAUCUUCUGUCACUGUUUUCCCUGUUCUACCCAAUGGAAAACACGCUGUCUAUMGAUGCCAGCUCCAACAAGAUAACCAUUAACAUCCUGGAUCCCAAGUCCUUCUGUAACUUCCCAUCCCAUCAGCUUUUGUUCCUAAACAUGAGCAACAACCCCAUCAACAACCUGGAUACGCUGUGCCUCCCUUCCAGCAUCAGGGAAAUUGAUUUGUCCUUCACCAACAUCAGCCAAAUACCCCUAACUUUCGCUCAAAAACUGUUUAACUUGGAAAAAAUGCAUGUUCAAGGAAACCACUUCAUCUACACAGCAUUUUCAGACAGUGGGAAUGCACUUCCAACGUGUCUCCCUCCCCCUGGAACUGUACACAUCAACGCCAUCUCCUUUGUCAGGAAAGAGGUUGGGACACCCAUUGAAAGCCUUCCUGGGARAGUGAAACACCUGGGAAUGUCCAACUGCUCCAUUGUGGAGCUGCCGGAGUGGUUUGCUGACACAGYGGAAGAACUGUUAUUUCUGGACCUYAGCAGCAACCACAUUUCUGCACUUCCCAAUUUCCCCUCCUCCCUGCGGCAUCUCGACAUCAGCAACAAUGGCAUCAGAGUCAUCCCCCCCACUCUGAAAUCCCUCUCCACCUUAACAACAUUUAAGAUUCAGAGUAACAAAAUUACAGAUAUGCAUGCUGAGUAUUUCCCAWCAGCCUUAAAAGAAUGUGAUUUUAGUAAAAACAAGGUGAAGGUGUUGUCCUUAACUGAUGCCCUGGAGAAGCUGGAAYACCUCAAUGUUUCUGGGAACCUGAUCAAGCAGCUGGAGCUCACCGGCCGCCUUCCUGCCCUGACCAGCCUGGACAGCAGCCACAACCUGAUCCCAGAGCUGCCUGAUGCCUUUGGRAAAUCCCUCCCAGGGCUCAAGUAUUUUAACUUAUCGGGGAAUAAGAUCUCCUUUCUGCAGCGUGACUCUCUCCCACCUUCUCUGGUCGAGCUGGACAUCAGCGACAACGCCAUCACGACCAUUGUGGAGGAGACCUUCGGCCCUCUGACGAGCCUCAGGGUCCUGACUGUCCAAGGGGAGCAUUUUUUCUGUACCUGCGACCUGUACUGGUUCGUGAACGUCUACAUCCACGAGCCCCAGCUGGAGAUCAGGGGCAGGGAGGCUGUGAGGUGCAGCUUCCCCCCGGAGCGCCGGGGCUCCCUGGUGAGCAGCAGCCGGCUGACGCUGCUGCGCUGCUCGCUGGGUGUCCAGCUGGCCGUGACCGCUGGUGCCGCUGGCCUGGCCGUGCUGGCCCUGACAGCGCUCUGCUGGCGCCUGGACGGGCCCUGGUACAUCAGGAUGGGCUGGUACUGGUGCAUGGCCAAGAGGAAGCAGUACGACAAGAGGCCRGAGAACAAGCUCUUCGACGCCUUCAUCUCGUACAGCGAGCACGAUGCUGACUGGACCAAAGAGAUGCUGCUGGAAAAGCUGGAAAACGASGGCUUCAAGAUAUGUUACCACGAGAGGGAUUUCAAACCAGGGCACCCCGUGCUUGGCAACAUUUUUUACUGCAUAGAGAACAGCCAUAAGGUGCUUUUUGUUCUCUCRCCCAGCUUCGUGAACAGCUGCUGGUGCCAGUAUGAGCUGUAUUUUGCCGAGCACCGGGUCCUGAAUGAAAACCUGGAUUCCCUGAUCAUGAUCGUGCUGGAAGACCUCCCGCCCCACAGCAUCCCACAGAAGUUCAGCAAACUCAGGAAACUGCUGAGAAGGAAAACCUACUUGAAGUGGAGCCCUGAGGAACACAAGCAGAAGAUGUUCUGGCAUCAGCUAAAAGCUGUCCUAAAAACCACCAACGAGCCGCUGGUGAGAGCAGAGAAUGGAUCUGCUCUGGAAAUGCAGGAGCUGGAAUGAGACCCAGGGAACUGUGAGGGCUGUGACUGGGAAGCCUGUGGUCCAAUAAAAGCAUUUACUYCCUUCAAUGGCUGCUGAGAUGGCAAGGGGUUUGUCUGGAUCAGCCCCAGGAGAGACUCCCAGUGGGACUGCAGCACGCCCAUUAUCCCCACUGAUAAAGGAUCCUGAAGGGAUGAGGCCAGAGUGCUGAUAAAAGCCUUGGAUGCUUGAAUUUCUCCAGCUAUUUCCAGCAUUUCUCUAAGUGCUGUGGAUGUCACCUGAAAGCAAGAACAGCUCGGGUCACACUGCAUGUCCUUGCUGCCUUCUCGAGGUGGUGGCAGUGAGCAGUGUCUUAGGACUGGAGCAAAGUUUCCUGGUUCUGGGACAGCGUAAGGCAGGAACACUCUGUGGAGGUAAGAGAGCCACAAACCACACCGCCACACAGGGAGCAGCUCCUUGCCUGAUCUGGCAAGAAAUGAUUGAAGAUUUACUUAAUUUAGCCCUCURGGAGAGGCCAAACCCACACUGCUACAGACUUUGGGUUCAGUGACUGCUGGAAGAGAUGAGACUUGAAAAUGUUUUUUAAGUACAAAAUAAAAUAUACAACCAGACAAUACAAAAAGAACCAGCUGAGUGUAUUGGUUUCUGCUGUUAAAUAACUGUGGUGAGCUUUGUUUAAUCGCACAUCCCUGAGGAAUAAGCAGGUUCUGUACAUUAUUGUUUAGAUUUAGGAAAGUUCCACUUGACACAGCCACCUUGACCCAUUUCUAAUGGGUUCAGUGCAUGGCCCUUCUCCUCACCUUGCCUUCACCACUUGAUAAUUUUAUUUAUUGUGCUUGGGAAAAAACAAAAGAACUUCAGCUGAUCUAACUUUCACGUUCAAGGGAAACCAACAGACUGUGACAGAAAAUAAACACCACAAGAGGACAAAUCAUUUGGUUUAGCAUGACCUGGACUUGCUCCUAUGAUGAGCAAACCCAAACAACUUCCCAGCAGAAGA